AUGAUCGCGUUCAUUUUCCUGGCUAUGGGACUCAGCUCAGAAAAUAAAUCUACUUCUCAAAGCAAAGAUUGUGUGUAUUUAAGACAGCAAUGCCUAAGCGAUGGAACUGCCUGUAAACAUGCUUGGGGAAUAGUGGAAGAUGCCUGCAGUAUUUCAGAUCCAGGUGACUCCUGCGAGAUUACUAAUUCAUCACACUGCAAUCUGACUAUCCAGUCGUUGGUGGAAAGCAAUUUCCAAUUUAAACAGUGUGUUUGCACUGAUGACCUCUAUUGCACUGUGAACAAAUUUCUUGGAAUAAAAUGCAUCAAUAAGUCAGAGAACAUCAAAGAGGAUAGUAAGUUAAAAUGGAACCUAACUACUCCUUCCCAUCAUGGACUCAAAGGGAUUCCGUCCUGUUUGGAAGUGACCGAGGCAUGUGUAGGGGAUGUGGCCUGUAACGCGCUUCUGGCCCCUUACCUUAAAGCAUGCUCAGCAAAUGGAAAUCUGUGUGACCUGAAACACUGCCAAACAGCCACACGGUCCUUCUAUCAAAAUACGCCUUUUAAUGUUGCCCAGAUGUUGGCGCUUUGUGACUGUGCUCAAGCUGAUAUACCUUGUCAGCAGUCCAGAGAGGCUCUCCACAGCAAGCCAUGUGCCCUGAGCAUAGAUCCACCCCCCACUUGCCUCAAUGUGAUUCACAGCUGCCGAAAUGAUGAAUUAUGCAGGAGGCGUUACAGGACAUUUCAGUCCAAAUGCUGGCCCCAUGUGACUGAAAAGUGUCAUGAAGAUGAGACCUGCAUUAGGAUGUUAAGCAAACAGGAUGUUACCUGCUCAGGAAAUGAGGACUGCAUUGCCGCUUAUCUUGGUAUCCUUGGGACUGUCCUUCAAGGCCAAUGCACCUGUAGGGCCACUACACAAAGUGAAGAAUCUUUGUGCAAGAUUUUCCAGCAAAUACUCCAUAGAAAAUCAUGUUUCAAUUAUCCAAUCCUGUCUAAUGUUGAAGGCAUUACAUUAUAUAAAAGAAAACAUGCAAAAGAAAUUACUCUAACUGGAUUGCCUUCUCCCAUCAAUGGAGAAGUAAUCUAUGCUGUCAUGUGCAUGACAGUCACCUGUGGAGUCCUUCUCCUGGUCAUGCUCAAGCUGAGAAUCUCCAGAAUGACAAGUCAAACGAGAGAUCCUUCACCAAUCCAAAUACCUGAAGGAAACAUCAUUCACUGA